CAUCUCCACUCUAGUUCAGUCAGUCACUUCGUGUCGUCUUUCUUUCGCUUCGUCCUUUUACAUAAAAAGAACGCGAAGGAAAAAUGGCUGACAGCAAAUUAUAUGAAGUUUUAGGAGUUUCCAGAAAUUCUAGUGAAUCAGAAAUAAAAAGGAGUUAUCAUAAAUUAGCUAAAGAAUUCCAUCCGGAUAAAAAUCCAGCAGCGGGUGAUAAAUUUAAAGAAAUAAGUUACGCUUACGAAGUGUUAUCGGAUCCGAAAAAAAGACAAACGUAUGAUAAAUAUGGGCUUAAAGGUCUACAAGAAGGCGGUGGUCAAGGAGGUAUGCAGCCAGAUGAUAUAUUUGGACAUUUCUUUGGCGAUAUUUUUGGGAUGGGAGGAGGUAGCAGAGGCCGAGGACCCGCUCGUGGUGAAGACACUAUACACACUCUAAAAGUAUCGUUAGAAGAUAUGUAUGUUGGAAAAACUGCUAAAUUACAGUUAAGCAAAAAUGUCAUUUGCGGACCUUGUAAAGGGAUAGGUGGAAAACCAGGAUCAGUUGUAUCAUGCAAAGACUGCCACGGCCAAGGUAUCAAAGUGUCUUACCAACAGAUCGCUCCACAUAUGACCAGACAGUUACAAUCAUGCUGCCCUACAUGCCAUGGUCAAGGGGAAACAAUCAAUGACAAAGACAAGUGCCCUAAAUGUAAAGGUAAGAAGGUCCUAAAUGAAACCAAAAUUUUGGAAGUGCAUAUUGAAAAGGGAAUGCGUGAAAAUCAGAAGAUUUUCUUCCGAGGUGAAGGUGACCAACUACCUGACACACAACCUGGAGACGUUAUCAUUGUGCUACAACAGAAACCUCAUGAUGUUUUUCAAAGAACUGGUGAUGAUCUUGUUAUGAAACGUGAGAUAAACUUGACUGAAGCUUUAUGUGGUUUUGAAUUUGUUGUUAAGCAUUUAGAUGGUCGCGAUCUUCUCGUUCGACAAUCUCCAGGAGAAAUUGUAAAGCCUGGUGAUCUUAAGGGGAUUCAGGGUGAGGGCAUGCCACAAUUUAAAAAUCCGUUUGAGAAAGGAAACUUGUAUAUAAAAUUUGAUGUUGUGUUCCCUGAAAACAAUUUUGCAACAGAAGAUCAAUUGAAGCAAAUUGAGAGUAUACUGCCUGCUCGUCCUGCUUUUGUUAUGCCAACUGGAGAAGAUGUAGAAGAAGUAAACUUGAUGGAAUACACGGCUAGUGAAAAAGGCAGAGGUAGAGAAGAAGCCUAUGCUAGUGAUGAUGAGGAGCAUAUGCAUGCUGGUCCUGGUGUGCAGUGUGCUCAUCAAUAGUUCAAUUUAUCCUUGAUGGAUUACACUCAAACCUCACACUAUGUAAUAUUAUCAUAGGUAGUCUAAUAUAGAAUAUUUAUCACAGUUCACAAAUGUAAAUUUUGACUACACUGUUUGCAAGUAAAUUGUCAGCAAAAAAUUUAAGCAUGACCGAAAUCAAAAUACAAAAUGUAGUAUAUAUCAAUCAAAAUAUAAGUCAUUGGUGAUACAUUGUUUUGCAUUGAGCAUUGUGAUUUAAAUGCUAGUGAGAAUACUUUUUUCAUGUACUUCAUUCCAGAGACAUUUUGUUUAUAUGGCUGAGGAAAAUAAUCACUGAUAAUAUUAACAACUGGUUUUAUUUUAUAAUGUUAAAAUAAUUCAACAGCAAUACUUUGAAAUUAUUUUAAUGAUAUUAAAGCUGCUUAUUUUAUUAAAACAUUCCAUUUAAAUGAAUAUGUCAUUGAACAUUGUCUUAGUAAUAUAUAGGUUAAUAAUAUA